AUGCUACUGUGCCCCGCCUAUCGCAGCCAGGCAAAAUUGCUUGAGAACUCUCAUGCAUGGCUCGGAGCCUCCACAUCUUCGAUUGCAGCAGAUAGCUACCAGUACCAGUUGCAAUCCAUGUGGCAGAAAUGCUGGAACACCAAUCAGAGUCUCGUGCACAACCUAAGAUUCCGCGAGCGCGGACCUCUCAAAUCGUGGCGCCCUGAAACCAUGGCCGAGGCUAUAUUCUCCGUCUUGAAGGAGGGCCUGUCCCUUUCACAAGCUGCAAGAAAAUAUGACAUACCGUAUCCAACUUUCGUGCUUUAUGCGAACCGAGUCCACAAUAUGCUGGGACCUAGCAGUGACGGCGGUGCAGAUUUGAGACCAAAAGGUCGCGGACGGCCGCAACGCAUCCUGCUGGGCGUAUGGCCUGACGAGCACAUCCGCGGGGUCAUCCGCGCCGUCGUCUUCCGCGACUCGCACACGACGCACGCCGCCCACCACAUCAAGGAGGAAGUGCUCCCCGUCUAUCCCCCCAUCACGGACGGUAUGAGCGUGCAGAACGCGUACCCGGUGGCGUGCGGCAACGGGCGCGAGGGCGGCGUAUCGCCCAAUGCGGCAGCCGCGGCCGCGGUGGCCGCCGUGGCGCACGGGCUGCGGCGUCAGAUGUGCAACAUGGUGGUGGCCGCCCAGCGCCCGCCCGACCACCCGCCGCACCUGGGCCUGCCGCCGCUGCCGCUGCAGUCUCCACGCCUGCCCUCGCCGCUCUCGGCCGGCCUCGAGUCCCCUCUCUGCUCACCGCCGCCCCCCGGACUCGCCCUGGAGCCGCCCAAGCCCGCCGACCCCUUCCGACCCUUCGCUUCGCCUCGACCCGACAGCCGCUAUGGAGAACGCGACGUCGUCGCCGAAAUAACCGAGAUGGGCCCGCCUAAGACACCGGUAUCGAUCGCCAAGAACGGCAAGGAUUUGACGACACCUCUCCCCGUGAAGAUGGAGCCGCCCCCGGCGGAGGCCCGGGCGGAGAACAUC